AUGAAACUACCAAUCGCCGUACUGUCAUCGAUCCUGCUUGUUUGUUCAGUCACUACAGCCAAUCCAAUCCAUCCCAGUGCAGCUGCAGAUGCUGAAUUUGUCUCUUUGACAGAUAUUCCCAGUGCAACUACAGAUGCCGAAUCUAGUUUCUUGACAGUUGUUCCCAGUUCGACUACAGAUGCUGAAUCUAGUUUCUCGACAGCUAUUCCCAGUUUGACUACAAGUACCGAGUUUAAUCCCUCUGCAACUCCUAAUGCAAACGGCAUAGACUUGGGUAGUCUUGAUUCACUUCCAGUUAACAUCCAAGAUUUGCUCAAAGAAUAUUCAAAAAGACGAAAUGAUUAUCGUAAACAUAAAAAAGAAUGCAGACUGAUAGAUCUUAUACAUAGUAAUCAACAAAGCAUGAUAACUUAUACGGAGCAAAAGAUCAAGGACCUCAAGCGUAAAAAUUUAAAAGGCAUGCUUAAGCUAAAAACCAGCAAUGGUAAUGAUCAACUGAAGGAGCUUAAACUUGAACUUCAAGAAGGAUAUUCCAAACUUGAAGAUCUUGAAGAUAAGAAAAGAGCAUGCAAAUACAAGUCUACUAGUCUCGAGUAUGAAUUGAAACUCGUCAAAGUAGCUCUUGUGGAGAACAUUUCCGGAAAACGUUUCAAUCAUGAAUUAUUUGAUAAGCAAGUUUCGUCUGUCUUCUCACAUCCUCUCGUUAAACAAUACCUUGAAGGACUAUGUGGUGGUGAACAAUCAUCAGCAUGCAGUGAUGAUUCUGAUCAAGAUCCUAAUGGUGGCAAUUUUGAAGAGAUUAGUGAUGAAGAACUUGGUGAUGAACAGCAAGAAAAUCAAAAUCCACAACCACAGCCUGGAUCUCGCUUCUUUGGGCAGAGACUUGCUUUCUUUGGACAUGAAGCUCCCACCUUUAGGCAGAGAGCUUCCACGUUUAGACAGAGAGCUUCUAACUUUGGACAUAGAGCUUACUCUGGUGUGCGUAAUGUUGUCUCCAGACUUGGUGAUAGGAUUAGAUCGCUUGUCGAACAACUCAGAUGUGGCAAUCGAUUCGAAUGUUAA